AUGUAUACCCCUUUUCCAGAGGAGAUUUGGCAGGAGAUAUUCGAUCAUCUCGUUCUCAUUCUUGGGCCUUCAUAUAAGGGCCUACGAGUCGCACUCAAGCUAAGGCUCAUAUGCAGCUUUUUCGCUCGUGGUAUCAUCAGAGCAAUUCACUCGACUCAGAUAUUCCGUGAAGAGAAACUGUACUAUUAUGCUCCAGAGUCUCUAUCAAGUGAUUAUCUACGGUUCCAGGUUUUACGCAGAGGCCAAUCUAGCAACGACUUGAUUAAUGUCAUCCGCAUUGCGGCUAGGACAUUAAGACUAUCGAAUAAAACACCACUAUGCGAUGGAAGUGAAAAUCUUUAUAAUUAUACCACUAUACUGUCGGAGGCCCUUGUGAAGGUUAUUCCAACUUGGGAGGUCCUUAGAAUGAUGCUCUUGAAUAAUCACUCGCCAAUUCAACACACGAUUGACCCUCCCGACAGCCCUCGCCAUUUAAUAUCUGCCGCAGCAUGUGUAGGAAACACUGAGCUCGUAAAGAGCCUACUCCAGACUGAGGGCAUUAGUUGCAAUUAUGUUAGCAGCUUUUUCGGUGCACCGCUCCACCUGGCAGCACUUAAUGGUCAUGUCGACACCCUUAAACUACUCCUGGAAGCCGGUGCGGACCCAAACUUGGUUAACUGGAUAUCGUGGGAAUAUAAAUGGGAAGAGGACGAUAUUAGGAUCUAUACAGUAACUCCAUUAAACUUUGCAUGUCUUUCUGGGAAAUGGGAGAUCAUCAGAAUACUUUCCUUACCCGAGUACAAUAUCCCAGUCACCGAUAUUCACUAUCAAUAUGCAAUAUUGAAUGCGGUUAAAGGGGGACACUCGGAUAUUGUAAGCUACCUUCUCGACAAGGCCGAUUUAUCCUCUGUGCCAGAGACCACCGUAUAUCAAUUUUGGUACCGGACUCUUCGCGUCGCUUGUGCCCACGGCUCUAUUGAUGUAGUUAAAGUGCUACUCAACAGAGGCGUUUCUGUGCAUAAGAUAAGCGGCUCCAGGGUAUUAGAACCCCCUUUGUCAAUCACUGCUGGUCUGGGCUACUACGAAAUCAUGACAAUUCUCUUGGAAAAGGGUGCUGAUCCAAAUCGUCGCUCGUUGAUACGGGACACAGUACCACUAUUAUCUUGCUCUUUCACAAAGGCAGCAAAAUACGGGUUUGUGAAAUCAUUCCAAAUGUUGAUGGAUUACACAAAACAGACUCGUCACCAUAAAGAGGUUAUCCAUUACGCUGCCAGGAGUGGCCAGGAGCAUGUUAUUCGCUACCUUGCUGUGACGGGUAUUUGGUCUUCCUUAUGUGGAGGAAAAGACAAAGAAGUUGCUGAAGAGGCCGUUAAGUAUGCUUCUGACCAAGGGUAUCCAUGGGUAGGAUCAUUGCUAGCAGAACUUGGGCUUCUUGAACCUCAAUAG